GGGAACGCAAUCAAUGUAAACACAAAUGAGGUUUUUAGUAUCUCUUUCAUGAGACUGAGUGAAUAAUAACCAUCAAAGAAUAAUAUGAUGGCGUAUGUAUCGACAAGCGUUAUUAAAAUAUGCAGUGAGUUCCUUUUGUAAGGCAACGUUGCGCCGGAAGAGACCCUCUCAGUGACUCAGUCAGAGUUGAAAGGUUAUCAAAGUUGGUUAACGUCGCGUUAAGCUAGCAGCCGGAGAAGCUUGUUCUAAAAAUUAUAAAAAUGUCAACCACAGAAGAAAGCACAGAGGAUACUGUUCCAUGUGUGGUCGUCACUAGCUGUGACAGUGGCUUUAAAGAAGAAGAACUGAUCAAACAGAUCCUCGGUUCGAUGACUUUGCCUGAGCCGAUCAAGAGAGAAGAAUCCGUAGCCUGGUAUCCAUGGACUAUCAACAACAAAUAUUACACAGCAGAUGUCAGGCUGUGUGUCGUUCCAAGCACUUUUCAGAUGUCGUCAGAGAUUGCACAGUCUAUGCAGGCUUUCAUCGCUUAUUUUGACAGUACAGUGAAGGAUGGUCUGGAAAAGCUACAUUCCUGGAUACCAGUGGUGGAAGAUCUUGCUCCAGAGGUGCUCAUUCUCGUGUGUGACAGAGUCUGUGAAAAUGGGGUCACCAGACAUGAAGCACAACAGUGGUGUUUGGCUCAUGCUUUUGAGUUGGUGGAACUAAAUCCACAGGAGCUGCCAGAUGAGGAUGAUGACUUUCCAGAAUCCACUGGAGUAAAGCGAAUCGUCCAGGCUCUCAAUGCCAACGUGUGGUCCAGCGUGGAGAUGAAAGAUGGCCACAAUCAAGGCUUUGGUCUGAUGAGUAGUUUGGUGGCUUCCAGACACAACCACCCACACAACUGUCGAGAUCCUCCAUCUUACAGCUUACCUGAAGAAAGCUCACUUGUUAGUGAGGAGGUUAACCAUACAGAAAGCAGUACAAACACAGACACACAGGCAGAAACAGUAGUUGAUGCAAUGACUGAUUUGGACAUUCAGGAACUCGCUAAUCUCACAGCUGGAGAUGCAGAUGUGGAUAACUUUGAACGUCUCUUUACCAAAUUAAAAGAGAUGAAAGAGAAGGCUUCUUCAUUACCUCAUGAGCAGAGAAAGGUUCAUGCAGAGAAGGUAGCAAAAGCAUUUUGGAUGGCCAUUGGUGGCGAUGAUGAUGAGAUCGAUGGGUUAUCAUCGGGUGAAGAAAGCUAAAAGUAGCUACCUGUGACUCUAUCUUUUCUUCUCCUGAUCUUCCUCCUUUCCUGGGGUUCCUACAAGAUCCAGCACCCAUUGGCAUGCUUCUUGAACCUGGAAAGUGGAUAUACUUACAGAUGGUACUGUAGGUAUAGUCUUUGAUUCUUAAAUGAUUGCAAUACUAAUGUAUAGUGAAAAACAAUUGAAUAUCUUGAUUAGGGAGAGGAGAGAGCAAAUGGAUGACCCUGACCCUCAGUCUUCUCCCCUUGGACCCACACUCUGCUUUAAGCCCUAAAUGAACCUUUAUACAUAAUGGGAAAAAAAACAAAACAAAAUGAAGUCAUGUGGGCUGUGGUUCAUGUAUCCGUCCUUUAGGUACAGUUGUCACAUAUUUUUGUAAGUGACAUAAUGUGCCUUAUCCUGAGGAAAGCUGUAAGACAUUUAAUGCACAUUCUGUUGAAUCAACAUAAAGUCUUGAUUUGAAA